AUGAAGCCAAGUUCCCUUCCUUUUCACCAUGUCGUCAAAGGAGAUUUUAGAAACUACAAGAAGCUUGCACAUCAGCUAGACCAAGGACAUUUUGAUGGUCUAAGGUCCAAGUCACGUAAGAAGAACCGUGCCCCCUUCCCUUGGUCUGAAGAGCAGCGUGCUUGGAUGAAAGGUCAUGUUGACCCUUACCUUGAGCUUGACCUGAAGAAACACGACAUGUGGUCCAAGCAGAAAGUGGAGGAUCUUGUCAACAAGUGGCGGUUCGCCAAUGCUGGAGACACUCAUCAGUGCUUCAUCAAAUACCUUCAGAAUGCUCUAGCCCGCUCGAGGACAUCUCAGAAGCAACCACCCAUCAUCAAGUUUCCCAGAAAGCAUGCGGAGAAUGCAGCUGACUUGUGGGCCAAGGCUCCAGAGAACAAGAUACUCCUUGACACCGCUGUUGCAGAGAAACAUGGGGAUGCAUUGACCAAGAACAAUGUUGGCAUCCGAUCCACACUGAAAGCAGCAAUGUUCAAAGCACUAUCGUCUAAAGAGCAGGAGCAAUGGGAGAAGAAGGCAUCAGAGCUGAAGGAAGUCUCUGCUGAAGAUAAGGUCAAGUCUAUCUGGGAGAACCAGGAAAUUAUGGCAGAUACUCUUGUCGCCACCCUUGAGGGUUCAAUUGGUAUGGGCAAAAAUCAAGUUGGGGAUGCGACGUACCACGUCCAGAUGGCGUAUCUUGAUAAAGAGGGUAAUGUUCAAUCGACAAGUAUUUGUUGUGGCAUCAUGCUCGAUGACAAAGCAUUCAAAGAUGUUGAGCCUGAAACAUACACAAGUCUUAGCAAGGCCUGGAUCAAGUACGCAACUGAGGCGUUGUUCCAAAACGACCUACAUGUGCACCCCAAUAAUGAGUUUGCCAUCACGCUUGCCAAAGACUCAACCAGAAAUCCCAUCCUCCCACAGUACGAUGACUCAUGGGUACGAUCUCAUUGUGCUGAGGUUUUAGGACAUUAUUUGGAGGGGGUGUGGAAAUCAACAGGAUCGACUGAAGUGAUACCUUGGUCUUCACUUCAAGAAGACCCUUCCCAUUGGAUCAUUGAUCCUGCAGCCGUACCCAAGACCCCGAUUGAUGAUCCUUGUGUCAUCAAGGGAACAACUAUAUUCAAACUCUACGAUGAGCUGUACGACCUCCAAGAGAGAUGCAUUCCCAUUCGGUUCAGAAAUCAAGAACUCAUGCCUCCCCCAUCUACCACUUCCACUCCUGAGGUGGCGGCAUCGAGCCCAACCAGGCCUUCAACACCAAAAGUUCUGCCCCCAACCCAGUGUUCCCAAAGAGAGUCGACCCCAAACCAGCCUUCUACACUGACGUCAUCGACCUCAACCCAGCCUUCCACUCUGAAGCCAUCGGCCACAACUCUGUCUUCCACUCCAAAGUCAUUGACGCCAACCCUGUCUUCAACUCUGAAGGCCUCAACCCCAAACCCACCUUCCACUCCAAAGACCUUAACCCCAAACCCACCUUCCACUCCUAAGUUGUCGACCCUAACCCAGCCAUCCACUCUGAAGGUGUCGACCCAUACCCAGCCUUCCACUUCAACGGCAUCAACGAGCCUAGUCCCUUCCACUCCAAAGGCAGCAACCCAACCCCCACCUUUCACUCUGGAGGCGUUGACCCCACUCGCACCUUCUCCAGAGGCUCCACCCCUGCCCCCCUCUCCCAACGCAUCGACAACGCCACCCCCGAAUUCUACUCUGAAUCAGCCAACGUCCACUCCUGAGAUGCCGGAACAUCCUUUGAAAGGAUGGGGUGUUCGAAAGCAGGCUACUGUGACAACAAAGGGGAAGAAGAAACAAGCUGUUAAUCUCGGGCUGGGGCAAGAGGACCCACCUCCGUCUCGGAAACGCAAAACAACUGAUAAUCAAACCAUGGAGUCUGCCCCUCCUGUCAAGAAAAGCCACCGUUUGUUGCAUGCAUCAUAUGUUCAUCCCAGAUCUCUCUGGCACACAUCUAACAUGUGUCUUGACAGACCUGAGAAAGUUCAGAUGACAGGAAGGUGGUAG